AUGGGAGCCGUUCUGGGCAUUUGCUCUGCUGCUCAGCUGGCUUGCUGCUGUGGAAGUGCAGCCUGCUCUUUGUGUUGCUCUGCAUGUCCAUCAUGCAGGAACUCAACCUCCAGUCGAGUUAUGUAUGCUGUGAUGCUGCUGCUGGGCACUAUUGCAGCCUGCAUCACUUUGUCACCAGGCCUUCAUGAUAUUCUUCAAAAGGUACCAUUUUGCAAAAAUUCUUCAAGUCUGGUACCAGAUGCUAUUGUUUUUGACUGUGAUGUUGCUGUGGGCUAUUUAGCUGUGUAUAGGAUUUGUUUUGUACUUUGUUGUUUCUUUUUACUUAUGGCACUUAUGAUGAUUGGAGUAAAACGUUCCAAAGAUCCAAGAGGCGGCAUACAAAAUGGGUUUUGGGGCCUUAAGUAUCUGUUGGUAAUUGGCGGUAUCAUUGGAGCGUUUUUCAUUCCGGAGGGGAACUUUGGACCAACAUGGAUGUAUUUCGGUAUGGUCGGAGGUUUUCUCUUCAUCUUAAUUCAAUUGAUUUUAAUUGUCGACUUUGCUCAUAACUGGGCGGAGGCCUGGGUUGGUAAUUACGAAGAAACCGAAUCGAAGGGCUGGUAUGUGGCAUUGCUGCUUUCCACUUUCUUCUGCUACGCUUUGACCAUCACUGGAAUCGUUCUUCUUUUCGUAUUCUUCACGAAGUCGGACGAUUGCAGCUUGAAUAAGUUCUUUAUAUCAUUCAAUCUGAUCCUGUGCGUGAUAGUCAGCGUGGUCUCUGUAUUACCAGGCGUUCAGGAGAAAUUGCCGCGUUCCGGAUUGUUGCAAUCCUCCAUCGUCUCACUCUACGUAACUUACUUGACCUGGUCAGCAGUUUCAAAUUCUCCAGAUUCCAAUUGCAAUCCUGGUUUGUUGGGCAUCAUUGGUUCUGGCAAGGAGGCCGACCCGACCCAGAUGGGUUUCGAUAAGGAAAGCAUCAUCGGCUUGAUCAUCUGGAUGUGCUGCGUACUGUACUCGUCCUUGCGUUCAGCCAGCAAAUCCUCGAGGAUUACCAUGAGCGAACACGUUUUAGCCCACGAUAAUGGAGCAGCAGAGAUAUUUUCUAAGUCCGGUUAUGUGCCGAUCUCACCAGGUGGAGAUGGCGCCGUGCACGACGCUGAAAGCGGCAAGAAGGUCUGGGACAACGAAGAGGAAACUGUCGCCUACAGCUGGAGCUUUUUCCACAUCGUCUUCGCCUUGGCCACCCUCUACAUUAUGAUGACUCUGACAAACUGGUAUAGACCGAAUUCCUCGCUGAAGACAUUGAACGCGAAUAUGGCUUCGAUGUACGUAAAGGCAAUUUCCAGCUGGCUAUGUGUGGGGCUCUAUGGAUGGACAUUGGUGGCCCCGAUAGUACUCAGAGAUCGCGAGUUUAACUAAGCUCGUAAGAUUUAACUUAUUCCGCUUCCUGUUAUUUUUUCACUCUACUACUACUAUUAGUCGUGAUCGAUUUUGUUUUAGGUAUAAUACGACGUCGUUCAAGCCAGAAUAAAUUUAGUUUGUGAUCAAUAUAAUAAUAAUGUAAACACAUAAUAUAUUGCUAUAUCUACAUAAAUACUUAUGAAAGUAGUCUUUUAGUCGCGGUUUACGCUGGUUCUCGUUAUAUUGCAAUUUAAGAAAUACACAUUAUAGAAAUGCAGACCAUUCGUGGCUUGAUGAAAUCCAAUAUUAAUUAUAUUUAUUAGAUUAUAAGGAAGUUCGACACACUCGACUCAAGUAUACAUUUGUAAAUUGUACUCGAUCGAUGCGUUAUUUUUAGAUACGAAUUCAAUAGAUGUGAAACGGAAAUCGUGGACUAAGAAAUUAAAAAAUAUAUAUAUAUAUAAUAUAGAUUUACACGAAA